UCGCUAUGGAUAUUCGACACAAAAUGUUAUGGCCGUGUGUGAUUUUGACUUGCGGUUCACCUCCAUAGUUGCAGGAUGGCCAGGUUCUGUGCAUGACACAAGGAUAUUCAAAGAUACAUUGUUUAAGUUUGAAGCAAAUUUUCCGCAUCCUCCUCCAGGAAGGUACUAUCUAGUUGAUUCGGGUUAUCCCAAUCAGGAUGGCUAUCUUUCACCAUAUACAGGCACCAAGUAUCAUCUACCUGAGUUCAGACUUGCUGGACCACCUACUGGGAAGAAAGAAAUAUUCAACCAUGCCCAUUCAUCUCUGCGGAAUGCUAUUGAGAGAACAUUUGGUGUAUUGAAGCAAAAAUGGCGCAUCUUGCGUGGUGUGCCAAGUUAUCCAUUAGAGAAGCAGACAGAGAUUAUCAUUGCGUGUAUGGGUCUCCAUAACUUCAUUAGGGAUAGUCAGUUGUUUGAUCUCCACUUCUAUCGAUGUGACAAUGAUGAGAACUAUAUGCCUCCAGGCCAUGUUGUUUCCACAUCAGGAGGUAAUGUAGGCAAUGAUUUGGGAGACGACCAUGUUAGCAUGAACAACAUGCGUGAUAACAUAGCCGAUGAUUUGUUCAUUGCUAGAGGAGGUGUCUUGUAGGCAUGAAAAAAUUGUAUCUCGUUUGGAUACUUUGGGACAACUUUGUAAUAUAACUACCACAACGACAUCGUAUUUCUAAUAUAUGGUGUUUUAUGUUCAGAUGUAA